GGCUUAGUUGCGAUGGACAGUCUCAGUGAAAGUGACAAUAAAAAUACCGAAGAAGACACGGGUGAGUCAGACCCCGAGGAGAGAAGAGAGAGGAUGGAGCCGAUCAGAACGAGCACAAAAAAUGCCUUGAUAACAACCCACCAGAAUCUCUCGGAUAUUUAUCCCCACCGUGUGAAGGUGUCGAUAGUCGGCGCGGGAAAGAUCGGCGUCGCCUGUGCGAUCGCGAUUCUCAUGAGGGUGACCGUCAUCUUGAUCGGUUUUACUUAA